AUGAAUGAAGCAGAUUUAAAUACAAAUAGUGAUAGUAAUAAUGGUGGUGGUGGUGGAGAUAAUAUUAAUAGACAUGAAGAGUUACAGAAACCACCUGUAUUGAAUGGAACGAUUUUCAAUCCAGUGUUGAAAUCUAAACUGAAAAGCAGUGAUACCAUUCAUGUAAAUAAAUUGCAACCUGGCAAAAACAACAUUGGUAGAGCUGCUAUCAAUCAUAUACAUUUCAAAGUUGAGAAUGUCUCUAAUUUUCAUGCUACUUUGGAGGUCAGUGAUACAUCGGUCUCAAUCAUAGAUUUGAAUAGUAGAAAUAGAACUAUCAUUAUGGUUCCACCAAGUCAGGAGUUAUUGACGCUCAACCCCAACACAUCAUAUUACUUAAAGAAUGGAUCAAAGAUAUGGAUAGGCAGCGUUUGUUCGAUUGUUAAUUUCAGUUUUGCACCGACUUCACCAUCUCCUCCAAUUCCUCAACAACAACAACAACAACAGCAACAAACUACAUCACCAACAAAUAAUAUUACAGGUUCAAAGAGAAAGAUUGAUGAUGAGAGUGUUGCUGCUCCUGUUCCAACAGGAACUACAACGACAACAACAAUAGCAUCGUCAUCAUCCUCAUCGAAUGCUGUUAUAACAUCAUCGUCAUCCAGCGAUCAUAUCGUUAACAGUCAAGAGGAACGUGAUGGUACACUAUCUCCAUUCUCUUCAACUCUGUUACAUAAAAAGAAAAAGGUUGAUGACAAUACCACCAUCAAUAACACUGAUACCAUCAAUAACAAUAGUAAUAACAAUGACGAAGUUGGAGGUAGAACUAUUGUCAAUGAUCAAAGUAGAAGCGCAAUUGAUAUCAAUACCAAUAGAAAUAGUAAUAGUAAUAGUAAUACUCUUCUAGACAACAAUAGUAACAAUAAUAACAAUAAUAAUGAUGAAAUGAACUUGGAUGAUAUGAUUACAAAUUUAACUGAUAAACAACAACAGAAACAGCAGCAGCAAGAACAACAACAACAACAACAACAACAACAACAACAACAACAACAACAACAACAACAACAAGAACAGAGUAUCCAAGAACCACAACAUCAGCAGCAUAUAGAAGAGCAACCUCCACAACAACAACAAACAACAAUAGAUGAACCAGAAAAACAAACAAACAGCGAUAAAAGAAGUCAGUCUGGUAGAUCACAAGAGCAAGUCCAAGAUAAUAUGAGUAUACUAGCUCCACAAAUACAAGAGGAGGAUGACGAUGAAUUGGAACUAGAGAAAAAUAAUGAGAAUGAAAAAGAAAAAGAGAAGGAGAAGGAAAAAGAAGUAGAGAUGCAGGUAGAUGAGGAGGAGGAGGAAAAUAUAGAUUUAAGUAAAACCAACAAUAAACAACAAGCAGAAAACCAAAAGAAUAGUAAUCAAGAAGUGGAAAGUGAAAUAGAAAAAGAAGAUAUACAAAUGGAUACCUCAGAUAGUGGAAAUCAAGAUAAAUCAAUAGAGGAAAAUGAAAAAGAGAAGAAUAUAGAUAGCGCGAAAAAUGUAACAGAAAUAAAUAGUAAAGACAAUCAAACAAAAGAUAUAGUAGAUGACUGUAAUGAUAAUGACGAUAACAUAGCACAAGAAACAGAAUCAAUUACAACAAAUAUAACGACAAAUGAAAUAACUAAAGAAAUAGAAACAGAAAAUAAAGAAAAAACAGACAAAGGAGAUAGAGAUGUAGAAAAAGAGAAGGAAAUUGAAGAAGAGGAAGAGGAAGAAGUCAUUGUCAGUCAAGAUGAAAAAGAAAAGGAAAAGAAAGACAUUAAGAAUAAGGAGAAGGAAAAAGAAAAAGUAGAAGAAGAGGAAGAAGCGGAAGAAGAAGAAGAAGAAACAAAAUCAACACCAAAAUCAUCUCAAACUAAGUCAUCAAGAUCAACAACUAGGAAGUCAUCGCAACCAAAAUCAACACCUCCACCUAAAUCACCUAGAAAAUCGAGUGCAAAACCAAGAGCAUCAUCUCAGCAAGAUAAAGACUCACCGUCACAACACCCACUUUCUAAUUCAGAACCACUGGAAUCUAAACGUUCCGAUACAGCGAAACCAAAGAUUAUUUUCACUUCACUCGAUGAAUCGAUAGUCAACCAACUGACCAAGCUUGCCAAGUCGAUGGGCGCUCAGAUCGUCGACAAUCCCGAACACUGUACGCAUUUGCUGUGCGACGGAAUCAAGAGAACUGCCAAGAUGCUCGUUGCCAUCUCCACCGGCAAGUACAUCGUCGACAAACAAUGGCUGAAAGACUGCAAGAAAGUGGGUCACAUUCUCAAGGAGGAUCAAUAUAUAGUGCGCGACAAGCAUGCUGAGGCAGAGUGGAAGUUCAACCUGGCCGAGUCACUCCAGUUGGCGCGACACCACCACCUAUUCAGUGGUUACACAUUCCACAUAAUGGAGAACAGUGUGCCAGCGAGUUCAUUCCUCACCGAACUCGUAGAGAUAAACAAAGGCAAGCUCAUUAAGAGCGUUACACAGAGUGCUGUCAACUCACACAAAGAUCUCAUUGUCAUCGCCGGCGAAAAAGACAGGCGCAAAGCGAAAUCUCUAGUCGAAGAAUUCAACCUUGUUAUUCAUUCCGGUGAAUUGAUACUUGUUUCAAUACUUAGACAACAGUUGAAUCUAAGUGAAUAUCUAAAAUUACUUCUAUUGGGUGAUGUUAUUGUUUUUGUUGUUGUUAAUGUGUUGUCAAAUAUACUCACUUGA